AAUUUUUUUUUUUGGAGUUUUCUAUCCAUUCAUCUCUCUCUCAUUCUCUUCCUCAAAUAAGGAUAAGAUCAAUACCAACCUCUAAAAAUAUUUCUAAAAAAGAGAUUAUAGAAAAAAUAAUUGAUAAUAACCAUAGAAACAAAAAUAGAACACAUAAGAAAACAAAUAAGAAAAAAUUAAAAGAAAAAAUAAAGCGGAUAAUUCUCCAAUGUUGUCUCACCAUUUAACAGUGUGAAACAUAUUUUGUGCCCUUUUGUUUUCUAGUUGGGAAACCAUAACCAUAAUUACAAACAACCACAACAACAAUGGAGAAGAAUCUUGAUGAACAAUCCAUCCCUCAUGAAGAUGAGGGAAACAACACUAAUAUUGAUGAUACCUCUAAAUCGUCGUUGCCGGAGACCAAAGAUAAUGUCGAAGACGUCAAACCCGACGAUGAAACUAAAAAGGUGGAUGAUGUCGAUCAUGUUGAGGGAGAGCCAAAAGAGGAGAAGGAGGAGGAGGAGGAGGAGAGUCGGGAAGGCAUAACUGUUGAGGUUACGCAACCUGAAACUCCUCCUCCUAACUUGGAGAAGGUUUUAGAAGACAUUGAUCGAUUCCUAGCAACUACAAAUGAGAAUAAUAACAACAAUGUUAAUGUUAAUCCCAACGAAGAGAAGAUUCCUGAAUGUGUUGACAAGUUUUUGGAUCUCCUGGAAGAGAAAAUUGCGAAAUAUGAUUCCGGUGAAACAAAAUGGGGUGAAGUCGUGGAGGAAGAUUCAUCGUUGUUGGAAGGUGUGAAUCGUGUUACGAAGAUGAUGAAAUUGUUGAGCACGAUGAUCAUAGAGUUUCAAUCUGGAGAAAAAGUAACAGAAGCAGAAGGAGAAGCACAAGCAGAAGAAGAUGCAGCAGAAAAGGAAAAUGAAAAAGAAAAAGACGAGAAAAAGGAUAAAUCAACAUUGGUGAACCGCAUUAGCGCGAUUCAACAACGGGCCAUGUCGUAUUUGGAGGAAGAGUUUCGUAUGUUAAUGGAAGAAUCUAGAAACCAAAACAAAACAGAGAACAAUGACUCGUCGAAAGGGAAACAAGUGGCAACAACAGAGGCAUCGGAAAAUGAAUCGACAGAGACGGUUAUGGAUUUCCCGGGUUUUAAAGAGGAGGUAGUUACAAAUUUGAAUAAGAUAGCAUGUGAGAUGUUACUCGCGGGUUAUGAUUCGGAGUGCUACCACAUCUACACAGUUUCUAGAAAACACGGUUUUAGUGACGGUUUAUACAAGCUUGGGUACGAAAGGAUUAGCAUGGAUGAGGUACAAAAAAUGCAAUGGGAAUCAUUGGAAAGAGAGAUUCCAUCGUGGAUCAAUACUUUCAAGGAAUGCGCCACCGUGUGGUUCCCUGGUGAAAGGAAGCUUGCUGCAUCAAUUUUCUCUGAUCAUCCAUCAGAUGCUGACACACUCUACACAGAACUCACACGUGUGGUGGUGUUUCAGCUUCUCAACUUUGCUGAAAGUGUCGCGAUGACAAAACGAGCUGCAGAGAAGCUCUUCAAGUAUCUUGACAUGUAUGAGGCAAUAAGAGAUACCAUUACAAAUCUCGAGAAACUCUACCCGGAGAACAUUGUUGAUGAUAUCAAAGCUGAAAUGACUUCGGCCAAGAAUAGGCUCGGGGAGGUUGCUGUAUUGAUAUUUUGUGAACUUGAAAACUCGAUCAAAUCUGAUUGUGGAAAAACACCAGUCGCCGGUGGCGCAGUUCAUCCAUUAACUCGCUACAUAGUCAACUAUCUAAGACUUGCAUGCGAGUAUAAAGACACAUUGGAAGAGGUUUUUCGAGAGCACUCCAAAAUUGAGCGUUCUGAUUCAACAAGCAGGCCACAUUACGAAACUGAUAAUCAACAUUCUAAAGAGAAAGAAAACACAUCACCAUUUGCGGCACAAUUAACACGUGUAAUGGAAUUACUCGACGCAAAUCUUGAAGGAAAAGCCAAACUCUACAAAGAAGUACCAUUAAGUUGCAUCUUUAUGAUGAACAAUGGAAGGUACAUUGUUCAAAAAAUCAAAGGCUCGGCUGAAAUCUACGAAGUGAUGGGCGAAACUUGGUGUCGUAAGCGAUCAACUGAGUUGAGAACUUACCAUAAAAACUAUCAAGUAGAAACCUGGAGUAAGAUAUUGACUUGUUUAAGUCCAAAAGGUUUGAGUGAUAAUGGGAAAGUUCCGAAGCCAGUGUUGAAAGAAAGGUUCAAGAAUUUCAACACAUUGUUCGAUGAGAUACAUAAGACACAAAGCACAUGGGUUGUGAGUGAUGAACAACUUCAAUCUGAGCUUAGAGUUUCAAUAUCAGCACUUGUGAUUCCUGCUUAUAGAUCAUUUUUGGGGAGGUUUUCGCAGUAUUUGGAUCCCGGGAGACAAACUGAGAAGUAUAUUAAGUUUCAAGCUGAGGAUAUAGAGAAUUAUAUUGAUGACUUGUUUGCUGGGAAUCCUCAUCAAGCCAUGGUCAGGAAGAAAGUAUGAGAUCGACAAGACAACCUUAACGGUGUUAUCGUCUGGUUUAUGCUAAACACUUCAUCUGAUAUAUCAAACAAGUACACACUUGUGUGUGUGUGAUUUGGAAUUUGUAUGUAUGACAUUAGGUAGGUUCUGCAUGUGUGAAUUAAGUUUAAUUUCCUCUAGUGAUUGAUAUUUGUUAUUAUUAUUAAUUGUUGUAAAAGAAACUAAAGGGUUGGGGGGAAUUUUUGUCAUUUGGAUGUAAUUUAUUUAUUAGCUUUUAGGGCGAGUUCCUCUCUUGUAUUCAAUCACUUCAAAUUUAUCAUAAUUUUUUCUUUGA